AGAGAAAGAGAGAGAGAGGGGUAUAACGAGAGAUAGGGAGAUGUACAUGUUUUUUGUGAAGGCUGGAUUUCAUCACAGAGGUACUAUCGCGAUUGUUAGAAGAACCCGCGAUUUGCUUGGUGCUGCACUCCACAGUUCAACAUGGCUAAAUGGGGCUCAAACCUCAAAUUGUUACUUCUCAUCCACCUCUUACUGUCUGAAGUAGUAUUUGGCAGAGCUCCACUCCCUCAACGCAGCCUGAGUCCCUCAGUGACUUCAAAAAUGUCUCAAACAGAGCAAGUAGAAACACAAGUGGUUAAAGAUGGUCUUCACGCCGCUCAACAGUUGGUCUUAAACCUCUCAGCCUCUCUACAAGGUCAGCUGGAUCUCCAAAGCAAUGCGAGCUGUGCAGAGCUCGCCAAUAAAGGCUGGAGAGGCAAUGCUUUCUCUCAGGAGCUAUUGGGCUUGGCAAUGGUGCCUGUAUUGGUGUCAGCAGGAUGUUUGACUGAAGCCCAGGCUUUGGUAAUGCAACUCUAUGCGGUGUUGGGCCAAAAUGAUACAUGUGAAUUUUUGCAGGACGUGCUGGUGCUGAUCAAGAGAGGCAAAGAGAGGGAAUUAGCACAUAUUGGCCAUCACACCUUCACCAAUGGAUUCCAAACCCCGCCAUCUCCUCUUAUGCUCAACUCUGAGUCACAGUGCCACUUGCAGGCUGUUAUAUUUAACAUCCAUCAGCUAGCUGAGGUAGGUGAGAGAAUUAAUGGUUAUAAGGGUAAAGUUAAGCCUAUGGAGAAAUGCAAGGGAUGGGUGAGGGUGAAAGGCACUCAGUUACUGGGACAGGCUGCAGAACAGAGCGGGCCAUUGCGUAUUGGGGAAGCACAGCAGGCUUGUCGACGCUUGGGAAUCCAAUGUGCAGGUGUGAGCCAAGAUGGCGAUUCUGAAUAUUAUCACGUUAUCUUGAGGCCUGGAAGCAGCAUAGUGCCUUCAUCUAACUCUGAGAGCUGGAUUCAGAAUUGCAAAGUGGGGUCUGUACGUUGGCGCAGAAAUGGGGUCCCUCAGCAUCACUGUGUCAAUGAAAAAGAGGAGCGAGUGUAUAUGGUUGUGGAGUGGAUUCCUGCAGUUUCCACACUGUAUAAUCUGGGAACAGCAGUUUACUAUGCUUCAGUUAACUGCUAUGAUACUGCAAAAGAGAGAGCCAUCUUCAGCACCGUGGAUCUGGGCACAGAUGCCCUCAUGGCUGUAACCGGGGGAACUGCAGGGGUUGCUGGUUAUGCGUUGGGGGCUGGUUUAAAAACGGGUGUGAAGGCAGGGAUCAAAUAUCUGCUGAACAACAUGAAAGAGGAUGGCGACCUGCUAAUGAACCAGAACAGCUUGGAGGAUGGAAGUAUCACUGUCCAAUAAAAACCUAAUGAGACUGCUCUAGGGACUCAAUGAUUUUUCCACCAGCUGUAAAUGAUGUUGAAGAAGCUCUAUUUUGUUUGUGUUCAGUCAUAGUUUGCUGUUACAGUUUACAAUAUCAGGCCUAUAAAAAUAAUGAGAGUUAAAUCUCUUAAUUUCUACUGAAACUAACAAACAUUUUAUUUAUAUUUCAAUGCUGUUUUAAUUGGGUUUUCAUAUGUCCUAAAUGUCACUUUCCAUCUUGAUUGUAAUAUUAUUAAUAUCCAAAAGGUAAUGACAUUAGCAGGAAGUAACAUCAUUGUUGGGUAAAAAAAAUAGACACAGUAGCACUUUCAUGAGCUUAUUGUAGCAAUGGAUUUUUCUCAAUUUAAAACAUUCCAUUCUGUUAGAUAAAGUUACAGAAAUCUGUAUGAUAUUUUAAUGAUCUUCACUAAACGUUUUUUUUUUUUGCACUUUUUUUUAAAGACAUCCCUUUCAAGCUUCAUGUUAAAUUUCUGAGCUUGUCUAGUGUAUGUCUUAAAGUCUGGUAUGCCUAUUCAUGGAAAUACUUUUUAAAUUUAGUUUGACCUCAAAAGGUUCUACAUGACAGGAAUGGCCAGUAAUCAAUUUACAACCUAUCAACAUAUCAUUUCUUCGUCAACCAACAUGGGUCAUAUUUAACUACAUUAUUUAAAUCAAUAACAUCAGUGGGAAGAGCAGAACACAAGACAAGUAGAAUACAAGAUACUCAGACAUCUUAAAGUCAAGGCUUUAAUUUGUAACUGUCAGUUUGAAUAUUGUCAUUAGUGACGUGUACAUGUUAUUAUAAGCAGACGUGAGUAAAAGCCAGUUGAGUUGAA